GGAGGAAGAGGAGGAGUUGUCUUCUACACUGACACUGCGAGUGAAGACACUAUAGUGCCCUUCCAUUCUCCUUUACCGCAUCUCUACGACUUGUCAUACUACAAUCCGAGCGCCCCGCCUGGAGUCUGCACGAGGAUGCAGUGCCUGGCCCGGGCUAGCUGGAGGCUGCACUCAGCUCAGCGACACGGAAGAGUCGGACUCUUCCGGCCCGGGAGCUUCUGUACAUCUGCCGCUGCUGGACGUGGGGUGACCCCUAGUGGACAUGACACGGAAAUACAGGUGUACAACAGCCUGAGCAGGAAGAAGGAAGCGCUCAUACUGCACUCAGCGGCUGCAGCCACAUGGUAUAGCUGUGGGCCUACAGUUUAUGAUCACGCACAUCUCGGGCAUGCAUGCUCCUAUGUUCGAUUUGACAUAAUUCGGAGGAUUAUGACCCAAUUCUUUGGCAUCAAUGUUGUUAUGGUGAUGGUAAUAACAGAUGUUGAUGACAAGAUAAUCAAGAGGUCUAAAGAGCUUAACAUGUCGCCAGUGUCUCUGGCUCGAGCUUAUGAACAGGAGUUUAAACAAGACAUGAUGGCAUUGAAGGUACUUCCCCCCACGAUAUACAUGAGAGUUACCGAUCACAUUCCAGAGAUUAUAUCUUUCGUUCAAAAAAUUAUUUCUAAUGGCCAUGCCUAUGCUACGUCACAGGGAAAUGUUUACUUUGAUGUCCAGUCUGUUGGAGAAAGAUAUGGGAAGUUUAUUGGUACCUUUUCAGAUUUAAACUCUGAACCAGCUGAAAGCGACAAGAGGUCUCCCAGAGAUUUUGCAUUAUGGAAGUCUGCUAAACCCGAAGAGCCAUUCUGGGUUUCUCCAUGGGGAAAAGGAAGACCUGGUUGGCACAUUGAAUGUUCAACAGUUGCAAGUUCUGUGUUUGGGAAACAGCUUGACAUUCACACUGGUGGGAUUGAUCUGGCCUUUCCUCAUCAUGAAAAUGAGAUUGCUCAGUGUGAGGCCUAUCACCAGUGUGAACGAUGGGGAAACUAUUUUCUUCAUAGUGGACAUUUACAUCUGAAAGGAAAUGAGGAGAAAAUGUCAAAGUCUUUGAAAAACUACAUCACAGUGAAGGAUUACCUAAAGACUUACUCGGCAGAAGAGUUUCGUAUGUUUUGCUUACGAUCUAAAUAUAAAUCAGCUGUAGAAUACAGCCAAGAUUCCAUGACUGAAGCAAGAAAUAUCCUUAAGAUAAUUUCGUCAUUUUUUGAUGAUGCCAAUGCAUAUCUAAAAGGUCAGCUCACUUGCCAGGCAAUUCAGGAGGAUAUACUCUGGCACAGCCUGAAUAAAACAAAAGUGAAUGUUAAGGCAGCACUUGCUGAUGACUUUGACACCCUGCGAGCUGUUGAUGCCGUUAUGGACCUCAUUCACCAUGGUAACCGACAGCUUAAGGCUGUUUCCAAGGAAGUUCAGCAUGCCCGUAGUCCCCUUGUUUAUGGUGCUAUGGUGACUUAUAUAGAGCAGGUCCUGGAGCAACUGGGAAUUUCUAUGCAGCAAAGACAGUCUGUAGGAGAAGACAAAAGUUCUGGCCUUCUUUGCAAUGUGGUAGAAGAGGUUGUAGACUUCAGAAGCAAGGUGCGUAGCUAUGCUCUGUCAUCUGAAGGGAUGGGACAAGAUUUGGGCCUUACAAAAGAAGAAUUAAACCAGAGAAAAGAGAGAAGGAAAAUAAUUCUGAAAGAACGUGAGCCACUCAUGCAUGCCUGUGAUACUCUGCGCCAGAAUCUAGCUGGAUAUGGUAUUAAUAUUAAGGAUCGUGAAAAUAUUUCUACAUGGGAGCUGCCACAUAAGAGAACAGACUAGUAAAAGUUCUAUUUUUUUUUUGUAAAUGUAUUUAUAUCACCUAAAUAUACUUGUAUUUUUUUUAAAUAAAA